CACUUACCAUGCCUCCACCUCUCCCAGUGGAGUAAUUAACAAGGGCUGGCAGUCUGCAAGUGGAAACAAACCAUCAAUUACAUCUAUAAGCCAGAUCCAUUUUAAAAAGCAGUUAUUGAAUUAAAAGGCACACACAAACAUACACCAAACUUCUCUCUUGUAUCGGCUGCAUCAGUCCACAGAAAGCACAAAUAUCCAUAGAAACUGGAUUACUUUAAAAAUUAAAUAGAAGGCCUGGGGCUGAAUUAAGGUCCCCACAGUGACUAAAUUUUUGCAAGAUACUUUGCUGAUACGCUCAGUACUCUAGAGAAACAAGGAAAGCAGCUGUACUCAGCUCAUAUGCAGAUGCAAGGACGGAUUUCCUUCAUACUAAAGGCUUUUUUUCUAUACAUUUUCGAGUAGAUAGGCUUAAAAUCUGUGUCAUGUAAUCGAGGUCAGUGCUAUGUCUUUUGUCUCAAAAACAUAUUUGAGGAAAGUUGAUGGUAUUAUCAUCGGAACACAUCUACUGAGGGACAAGUUUCUAAACAGAAGUUCCAAACUAUUGGAGAUUUGGCAUGGACUCCAAGAAAGAUGACCAGAGUCCAUGCUGAUUCUGUGACAGGAGGAAUGAAGCAGUCUACAGAAGGCAAUGGAUGCAAAAGAUAAUGGUGCUUGCGGUUUCUUUGCAUUUUUCUUCUCACCCCACUGCUCCAGGAAACAAUGUCCACAGCACACAGGAACUCCUGAGAAGAUGAAGCGGCUGAAUUCAGCUAACCUGCUUCGCUUGGCUGUGCUGCUCCUCCAUUAUCUCUGGAAAGCCUCUACUCUUAACGUGCACACGUGCGAGGGCUAUCCUGGACAGGGCGAUGUGUAUCACUCAGGCUUCCAUUGCCCACGUUUAAGUGACGCCCACGAACACAUGUACUGCUGCUGGCCUGGAAACGACUCCCUGAAAUACUGCUGUGACCAAGAAGAGUUUGAAACUGUGAUGAAAGUCAAUUUGUCAGAGAGACUUGCCACAUAUAUUUCUAGGAGCCCUCUUCCCCUGCUUGGCAUUGGCUUCUAUGGGCUACUGAUCCUUUCCUUGAUGAUUGCAGAUUUCAUCUAUUACUACAGACUCAAUAAGAAAGCCUUCUACAUCAUGCUGAGCCACACUUGGCUUGGGAAGCACCUUGUCCUUCCCCUUUUCCAUAGAAACGCAGAGGAAAGCAUUCAGCAAAGCAACAAAGGUGGAACAAAGAGGAUAAGCGUGGCUGAGAAACAUGACAAGCACAGACCUUCAGAAGGCAGAGUGUGAGGAUGCUGUGCAUUAACAAUGACUUUACAACAUGGACUAAAAUAAUAUUUAUACCUACCUACUUGACAAUGUGACAAUCACAAGCCUGACAAAGAGAAAAUGACCAUUUAUUGUGUCUUGUACAAGCAAUAGCAGCUUUCAGCAUAGGAAUAGAGAUGUAUUCAUCAAGGCACUACCCAUAUAUACAGUAAAACGUGCCAUUUGUUUAUACAUAUACCGUGCUUGUUCCUGGAGUCUUCUAAUUGAAAUAACAGAUCUCUGUAUAAACAUUUUUGUUGAGAUGUAUCAAAGCUUGGAGAGAGAUAAAAUGGAGAGAGGUAAAGUACCAACCAAUCAGCUCCUAUCAUUUUACAGGCUGUGUUUGAAAAAAUGACAUAAGCUGUAUGGUUGGUACUUUCUCUUUGAUAUAUCUCCCUUUUAUGAGUGCACCACUAUUUCCUAUAGCAUUUUGCAGCUUUAAUCCCUUUACAACUAUGGGGGUCAUUCCGACCCGAUCGCUCGCUGCAGUUUGUCGCAGCGCAGCGAUCGGGUCGGGAACUGCGCAUGCGCCGGCGCCGCAGUGCGGCGGCGCAUGGCAGUCGUCGGUGCCCAGCGAUCGCCUCUGAGACAGAGGCGGUUGCUGGGCGGGAGGGGGCUGAACGGCGGCGUUAAGCCGCCGUUUAUGGGGAGCGGUCCGGCCAAUGCAGACGUGGCCGGACCGUUGGGAGGGCGGGCCGCGGCGGCUGUGUGACGUGUCACGCAGCCGCUGCGGCCAGCGGGAGCGACGAGUAACUCCCGGCCAGCCGCAGGAGCUGCGCUGGCCGGCAGUUACUCCUCAAAUACAAAGGCAUCACCGCUGUGCAAUGCUUUUGUAUUUGUGCGGGGGGGCCGGCACUGACAUGCGGGGCGGACUAGCCCUGUGCUGGGCGUCCCACCGCAUGUCUGAGUUUACGAUUGUAGCUGUGCUUAACGUAGCACAGCUACGAUCAACUCAGAAUGACCUCCAAUAUUUCAUAGGCAGGUGCACCACUGGGUUGUCAGAACAUACAGUGCUUUGUCCCAUUAUUAUACACCAUUUUCUUAUCUCCCCUUUAUCAUAUGCACAACAAAAGUUAUUUCCAUGGGCACAAAAAGGAACCUAUCGCUAUGAAGGGAUGGACAUGUCUAAAUGUAUUUUUUUGCCCCAGUUUGUUUGGAAUAUUAGAAGGUAUUUAUUCAGAAGGUGUAUUAGGAAUAUGUUAUUACAGCUACAGUAUAUUGCUAUUGGAGUCACAGUUAAAUAAAACAAUAACUGAAUGAAAAACAAUGAAUACACAUGAAAUGAUGCACUUUUCAUAAGACUUGAAGCCAGAAAUCCAGGUGGGCUAUGGUCUUAUGGUAGAUGCAGAGUAUAUUGUAGGAGCUUCACUCCUUACUGUUCUCACAGGCUACUUCCAUAUCAUGGAUGCACUUUAUUGUAAAUGGUUAGCUAGCUUUACUGUCAUUUUAUAUAUAGUAGGAUGACUGUGAUAUGGACAUCAAGGCUAGCAGUCCAUGCCAUGUGUGGUGGAAUAUUAGGACUCUCUAAUGAAACAAAUGUACAGUCAUUAAAAUGUAACUAUUGGAUCCCAAAGAGGACUUUGUGCCAGAGCCAAAUAUAGUGGAGAAUAUUUCAUAUUGAUGUUCAUUACAAGCUGUAAGAUCAAUAAUUCCAUGCAUAGACCACCUUAUCAGUGCAAACCCAUUAUAAUGAAAGUACUGCAGCAUACUACCUUAUUAUUAUGGUACCCGUCACUGGGGUUAUACACCCAACACGCAAGUUAAGAGUUUGCUUUAUUGCAUGUCUCAAAAAAUAUAGCUGUAAGUCAUGGCAAAUUAUUUACCCGAACCAUGAAGUACAGUAGGGCAGAUGUAAAUUGGCAGAGUUGGCCAUGGUGCUGGUAUCACUUUAGUGCUCAUCCUGCAUAAGCAGCCAUAGAACACUUAUGCUGAUAGUAAAUUAUCCUCACAACUGCCGAUAACACAUACCACAGUCCCUCAGUGAAAUAAAGGCCUGGUGCCUCCCUGCUGCACAAAGGUAAGAUUAAUACCUAGGAAUGUAUAAUGUAAACACACACUUGUGUUUCUAGCAAUAUUUAGUGGUUAUUUAUAACCAUUUUAUUAAAGUAAU